AUUUUACCAAAAAUUCGCCAAAAAUGAGUCGGAUUUUCCCUAAAAUUGGGAGAUUGGGUACACGCAAAAUCGUCUGCUGCAAUCGACGUUUCAAAUGGUACAUAUGCAAAGAAACUUUUAAAUUAGGCUCCAUGUAGAUUAAGAUGACUGGCAACUCCAGGUGUCCUGAGGUAUGACAAAAUAUAGCGCAUAGACGUUUUAGGAUUGUCAUCCAUUAACCGCGUCAGUAUGUUCAUCUGCAAAACAAACAUAAUCCAAUGAAUUUUGUUGACCUGCGAAUUUGACGCUUAUGUCUCCUUUCUAGAGACGUGCGUCCAACGUAUGCAGUUCCUCUUUAGAUGACAGAGAGACCUGCAAACGUGGUAGUCCGAUAUCGAAUUGAUGCGGAGAUUUACGCCCACCAGACUUCAACAUUAGCUGCCUAAUGUUGGCAAUCAAGUCUGAAACAGCAGACGAUAUAUUCUGCAGUACAGCAUACAGGCUAUCAAAUCUUAAGCACUUAAUCAGACAAGUGACUUACUCGGCCGCUAACGCACUGCUCACAUGCCUAGGCUCGGACGUUGAGGGAGACAUCAAGAGAAUGAAUAGAACUUGGCGAUAACUAUCAGGGAAAGCCCAGCCGAUGAUUCCUAAUUGGCACCUUAUGUCCCAAGAAGAGUAACAGGCUGAAGUAAGUACUUACCAUACUGACCGUUUGUUUUUUGUGACUGAAGUAAUUUUGUUGGUGGUCUGGAUCAUUAGUUUAGUCCCUUUGGUAGUUAUCAGUGAUUGUGUUUCAUAUGAAGUGCUGCUCAACGUAAAAUGAGAAUUCCCAGGUGAUUAAUUAGUAAUACUUUGGAUAGUUCAGAAGGUUCGUAAUACUAGUUAGCGGAUUGGCCUCUUAAUUGAGCCCAUUAACUGCUAAGUCGAAUGGCAACUUAAACUACUAAGCUGUUCUACAUCAUCCUGUGUCGUAAUAGCUUUGUCAGAUUUGUCUUAAUUUAUGCACAACUUUUCUGUACUAUUUGUUGCAGUACGUUUCAGAAGAUGAGCAUUCUUUCAUGCUACGCCCAAAAUGCUUUUUGUAAGUUUCGAUUGCUGAGUGCACAGAAGAGCUUUCUGUCAACCACACACUUUGGGUUCGAAACAGUAGCAAUCAAGGAUAAACAAUCGAAAGUAAAUCAUGUGUUUGAGAACGUAUCCAAGAAAUAUGAUUUGAUGAAUGAUAUAAUGAGUUUUGGUGUUCACCGUUUAUGGAAAGAUUGUUUUGUAAGCCGAAUUAUGCCAACAGAUAAACUAAAGUACUUAGACGUUGCAGGCGGAACAGGUGAUAUUGCCUUUAGGUUAUUUAAGUAUGCUAAGCAUAUUAAUGGAGUUCCGAAUGUGAAACCCCUCACUGAUCUCGACGUCACAGUUUGUGAUAUUAGUCCAUCCAUGAUGGAAGUAGGGAAAUCACGGGCGGAAGAAUUGGGGUUUUCUUCCAUUCAGUGGAUAGAAGGAAAUGCUGAAAACCUCCCGUUUAAUGAUAAUUCGUUUGACGUUUAUACUAUUGCUUUUGGAAUACGCAAUUGCACAAAUAUUGAAAAGGUUGUUUCAGAAGCCUAUCGAGUACUACGUCCUUGGGGUCGAUUUUACUGUUUGGAAUUUAGCAAAGUUGAAAAUAACUUAUUCAGAAACAUAUAUAAUGCAUAUUCUAUGCAAUUAAUACCCGUAAUUGGUCAACUUAUUGCAGGUGAUUGGAAUUCUUACAAUUAUCUAGUUGAAAGUAUUCGUCAAUUUCCUAAUCAAGAAGAAUUUGCUCAUAUCAUUACACAAUCAAAAUUUGAUGGUGUUAAUUGGAUUAAUUAUUCAAAUGGUAUUGUAUCAGUUCAUAUGGGUUAUAAGACUCCAUCCAAGUAGUUGUGUUUAGUGAUUUCAUUUCAUGAAUUUGUACAGUAGAAGCCUAGUUAAUAUGUUUCUCUAUCUCUACCUUUAAACAUGAUCGUAUUAC